UAAAACAAUAUUUUGUCGAUAACUGUGUCUGAAUUGUAAUAUAUUUUGUAUUUACAAUGGUCGGCUCCAAUUUCGGCAUUAUUUAUCACAACUCCAGCACUGCAGGCGGCGGCAAUCAGGGAAACCAUGGACAAUCAUUGGGAGCAGGCGCCAUAGGUGGAGGAGAUCGGGAGAGAACCACACCAGCAUCUCAUCUCAGUGACUUCAUGUCGCAGUUGGAGGAUUACACUCCUUUGAUUCCGGAUGCGGUGACCUCGCACUAUCUUAAUAUGGGCGGAUUUCAGGCAGAUGACAAGCGCAUCGUUCGGUUAAUUAGUCUCGCCGCCCAGAAGUACAUGUCGGACAUCAUCGACGAUGCACUGCAGCACUCCAAGGCACGGACCCAUAUGCAAACCACUAACACUCCUGGUGGCUCAAAGGCCAAGGACCGCAAGUUCACCCUGACCAUGGAGGAUCUACAGCCGGCUUUAGCCGACUACGGUAUCAAUGUUAGGAAAAUGGACUAUAGUCAAUAGAGGAAUUACCAUACCUAAUUUUAGUACUAAAAUUUUUUCAUUAAAAAAGUGCUUGUCUUAUACCAUUAUCCAAAACUACAUAUUUUUUUAGGUAAAUAAAGAGUCAACUACA